CGGCAACGACCGUCUGAUUUAAUUUGUAGUGUCGCGUUUUUCACCGCCAUUUAUAAAAGAGCGGAUAUGAGAGUUUUGUUUCAUUAACCAUAGUUAACUGGGCGAUUCAUGAUAUCAAGGGUGAGCUGAGGAUGACGACACGCUCCAGCAAACUGUUGAUGGCCGUUUUGGUCAUCGUGACCUCGCGAUCGUCGGCUCAAGAAAGGUCAAGGUCGAAUAUAUUUAACAACGACCCUAUCAACGUGGAGGAGUUGGGCGCCCCGCCGGCUACGUCAACGGUGUUGUUGUAUGAUUGUACGGGCACACACAGACCCAAGUCCGACAACCCCAGCGCCUUCCAGGUGUUCCACAACAACGACUGGUGGACCCAGCUCUGCCAGGAAGGUCUGCGAUGGAACCAGUCCCUCUGCAGGUGUGAGUACCCCAACGGACGGCGACCGAAUAUUGAGUGCAGGGAGCACCGCGCGACAAGCACGGAGCCCAGCGGGAAAUACGAGCAGUUUGUCAACGGGAACUGGAUCGUUCGAGACUGUUCUCUGGCUGUGGCUGGUCUAGUGUGGGACCAGGAGUCGUGCCAAUGUGUAUGGGGACCUCGCAGCAAGGAGAUGAUCACUGGCCAAGGUAUCACCCCCUGCGACAUCAUGCUCAACAUAACCUUCGAGGACGGGCUCAAAGACUCGGCGAAAAAUUCUUUCGUCGAGGUUGGCCGUGGGCCGGUGGUGCCCACAUUCGACCUUGACCCCAAGGAAGCUGUCGACGGAACAAAGGCGGCGUUCUUUAGUGAAACGGCCCUAAACAUUUGGUAUUUCGCAGGAAACGAGCUGGGCACAUCACUGAGAGUAGAGUUCAGGUUCAAGAUGACUAACGACCCCGCUAACAGAGACAAGUACCAAAUCUUCAUCUCCAACGGCUGUAACGUAUCCAACCCCGGCUACACCACGCCAUCGCUGGCCAUCGGAUACCGGCCAGCUGACCAGUCGUAUCUCUUGGCUUUUGAGACGUCCAGCGCUAGGAAGGCAAUCGUCUGCACCAAGCGUUUGGGUGCAUACAGCUGGCACACCGUCUCACUCAUCUACGAGGACGGGACUCUGCUGCUCAGGGUCGAUGACCAGCCGUGCAUCAUUUCACAAGAUUUCACAGGACCCAUACAGAAGACGCCCUGCCCUUUGACUAUUGGUGCAGAUCCUCUUGAGAGACAAUCCAUGUACAAAGGCUACCUUGACAACGUCCUGAUAGCCCGCUACUGCAGGAGAUACAUCGACAGCGACCCCGCGGACGUGGAGAAGAAGGGCCCCAUGCCAGUCGAGGCCGCACCCAGCGUCCUGCCCGUCAGCCGCGCCCCGGACACUAGAGCCACCGAGGAACAGGCCACCGAGAGCGGGAGGGCCGGGAACGAGAUCAAACGCGCCGUGAGCAAUUCCAAGUACAGCCAAGUCGUCGGUGACAAGCCGAGUGCCAGAAAAGCUCGGCCCGUCGCUCGGGUUCAGGAGAAAUCAAAAACUCCGUCUCAAGCGUAGAUGUCGCCAGCUGAGAGGUGUCCUACAGGACACAAGAGGUGUCCUACAGGACACAAGAGAUGUCCUAGGGGACACGAGUUUUCUCAGUCACUGAGCCUGGAUUGGUGAUGGAAAAAAUAAAAUGUGUGCUGCCGCUUUUAUUUGCAUGCGAUCUUUGAUUCGUUCUUACGAACGUUUCUUCUUAAUUAAUCGUACCUUCAUCUGUCUCCUUUAAUUUUAACUUAAUUAAAAAAAACUAACAUGUUCUAUUUAACAAAGAAUGUAAAUUAAAUAUUUCAUUUUACAAUAUAAUGCAAUAAAAUAUAAUCAA